AUGGAGAAUUGCAAGAACCUCUGGAACCACCUGGACCAACUAGUCCGGGAAGGGAAGCUGAAGCACCUUCUGCAUCAUUCUAGUGGUCAUCAAGGCCAUCAAGAGGCUAGGAGGGAUGCUGCCCUAAGGCCACCCACAGGAAUGAUCAACGUAAUCGUGGCCGCGCCAGGGAGAACAGGCACACGCCCUGCACGAGUGUUAUCAGUGGCUCAACUGCCUGCCGAGGAGUCCCAGCUAGAGCCGAAGAGAGCCAGGAUGAACUUUUGUCCCGUCUUUAGUUUUUCAGAGAAGGACAAGGUCAGGACCAUCCAGCCCCAUGACGAUGCGUUGCUGAUCACCCUCAGAAUCGGGGAUUACAAUGUGAAAAGAGUGAUGGUGGAUGGCGGCAAUGCGGCCGAGGUUAUGUACCCCGACCUCUACAAGGGGCUGGGGUUGAAACCAAAAGAUUUGAUGCCCUACAACUCCCCUCUGAUGAGCUUCGAUGGGAAGCUUGUCAUCCCAAUGGGCAUGAUUAGGCUGCCUAUUCAGACCGGCCUAGAGAUAGUGCAGGUCAACUUCAUCGUGGUGGACACCUACUCCCCCUAUACCGCCAUCGUCGGUAGGCCUUGA